UUAUAGAAGUUCCAAGUACAUAUGACAUUUUAUUGUCACUUGUUAUCUUAUAUUUAUAUGGUGCAUCUAAUCUAUGAUACAGAAUUAUGGUGCAUUCUUGGAGAAAGACGGAGCAAGGUUUAGAGGGCAAGUUAAACUUACUGGAUUUCAAAAUGGGGAUAUAGACCUCUCAAAGUCUUUAUGGACCUACCAGGUUGGGCUCAAGGGAGAAUUCUUGAAGAUAUAUGCUGCAGAAGAAAAUGAAAAGGCAGGGUGGACUGAUUUAACUCCAGAUGCUGAUCCAUCGAUAUUAACAAUUUGAUGGCACCGC